AUGUCCGCCAUCAACUUCAAUUGUCUUUUGGCUCUAAUUUUCAUAGGACUGGCAUCUGCAAGUUAUAACGAAACAGAGUUACGGUUGAUGUACGGGUCUGUAGUGGACUGGGUGCAUUUCAGCCCUCGCGUGGAUAUAAGGUUUCAAAACUAUGGCGUCAACUCAACGGCUGCCACGGCAAUCUGGGAGGACCUGGGGCACAUGUUAUGCCACAUCGCGGACAUCCUUGUCUUCAGCGACACAAUCCCGGACGCGCGGCCUCUCCUCCAAGGAGAUUGCACGACACCAAUUAUCCUGCAGGUCACCAACCGCUUUGACUAUGGGAUUUCGGCAUCGGACCAGGACGCCUAUCAGCAGGUCAUGGCUGAAGCAGCCACUCGAAAGCAUGUGUGGUGGGUAGUCAACAACCCCUACGAGGUGCUCUUCGUCUCCCAACGCGGAAUUAAACUGCCCCUGGAGCGAUUGUUACUGUUGCGGCCCGUGGGGGUUUGCCUGCUGCCGCCAACGCACCUCAUCGCGCGGGAGCGGCCGCGAGUGGCGCUCGUCCAACCGUCAGGGUCGUACCAUUUGGAAAACACCGUCAUUGCGCCUUGGAUCCGGAGCCAGAACCUGACGGAACAUGUACGGAUGUACCGGCAGCAUUACGGCGGGCCUACGGUACUCGCGCACCAUCGCGGCGUCAUCACCGUGCCGUACCAGACGUCCGUGAUGAAGAUGUACGAAGGCCUCACCGCGGGCGCAGUGUUCAUCAUUCCCAGUCCGAGCUUCUUCCAGAAGCUUCUUGCGUCGUACAACAAUGACGUCAUGGUCUUCUGCUGCAGGGAUUUGCUCAAAGACCGGCCCAAGGACUGGGAAGAGUUCUUUGACUGGUACCACAAGGAUUUCAUCGACGCGCACAUACUCUUUGACUCGUGGGAGGACCUGUACGACAUCAUUAAAGGCGAGUGUGCUGCCCCCUUUUCCGACACCCACCACCCGACCAACCUCGCCCCCCCCCCACACACACGCCUCCCGUUGCCUUCUCCCGACGUAUUGAACGCAUCAUCAACGUAUCUACACAACCGCCAACCGCCAACUACAACCGAUAACAAUAACAAUAACCACAUAGAUCGUGAGCGGUCCACGAAGCUCAUUGAGGGGAAGCGCGUUAUCGGAAUGGAGGCCAUGCGCCGCUCUCGACAGACCACGCUGGACGGCUACAGCGCCCUGUACCGGGCGGUCAGCCAGCAGGCGUGUGAGGCCAGCGGCACCGCGGAUGUGCUGUCACAGGGCUUCGUGAGGCGACCCCAGUAA